AUACGAUGGGAACUAGGAGUGGAGGCUGUCCUCCUUUCUUUCAGCGGGAGUGCUCCUCAAGACUCAGCCCCACCCUUAGAAAAGAUGUUUUCCCUGAAGAUCUUUUGCCUGGCCCUGAGUGUGGUGGGCACAGUCUGGACUGGAGAUGUCCAGGAAGGUGAAUUUAUAGCUGAAGGAGGAGGUGUGCGUGGCCCAAGAAUUGUGGAAGGACAUCACUCUGCCUGCAAAGAGACAGACUGGCCCUUCUGCUCUGAUGAAGACUGGAACUACAAAUGCCCUUCUGGCUGCAGGAUGAAAGGGUUAAUCGAUGAAGUCAAUCAAGAUUUUACAAACAGAAUUAAUAAGCUCAAAAACUCACUAUUUGAUUAUCAGAAGAACAAUAAGGACUCUAGUUCACUGACAGGGAAUGUAAUGGAACUUGUGAGAGGGGAUUUUGCCACCGGUAACAACAAUGAUAAUACAUUUAGCCAAGUGUCAGAAGAUCUGAGAAGCAGAAUUGAGAUCCUGAAGCGCAAAGUCUUGGAACAAGUACAGCAUAUCCAACUUCUGCAGAAAAAUGUCAGGGAUCAACUGAUAGAUAUGAAACGACUGGAGGUGGACAUUGAUAUUAAGAUCCGAUCUUGCCAAGGGUCGUGCAGUAGGGCUUUAGAACGUAGGACAGAUCUAAAGUACUACGAAGAUCAGCAGAAGCAACUUGAGCAAGUCAUUGCCAAAGACUUACUUCCCUCUAGAGAUACGCAAUAUUUACCACAGCUGAAAAUGCGCACAGCUCCAGAUAUGAUUCCUGGGGAGUACAAGCACCAGCUUCAGAAGGCCCCUGCAGAGUGGAAGGCACUCAUGGAAACGCAGCAGAUGAAAAUAACGUUAGAGAGGUCUGGUACAGAUGGGAAUGCCCCAGGAGACUCUGUAGCGCAUGGAACGGGAUCAGUGCCUGAAAGCCCUAGGAAUCCUGGGAGCUCCACACCUGGAAGUUCUGGCACUUGGAAUCCUGGGAGCACCGGACCUGGAAGCUCAGGUGCUUGGAACCCUGGGAGCUCUGGACCUGGAAGCUCCGGACCUGGAAGCUCGGGCGCUUGGAACCCUGGGAGCUCCGGACCUGGCAGUGGCAGCACCUGGAACGCCGGCAGCUCUGGAGUUAGCAGUGCGGGUACUUGGCACACGGAGAGUGCCAGCUCUUGGAGCUCUGGGAGCACUGGAACUGGCAGUGGCGGCUCUUGGAGCUCUGGAACUCCUCAGCCUGGAAGUUUUAGGCCAGAUAGCUUAGGGCAUGGGGACACCAGGCCUACCAAGCAAGAGUGGGACACGUUUGAAGAUGUGUCAGGAAGUAUAUCUCCAGGGACAAAGAAAGAGUACCACACGGGCAAACUGGUCACUUCUAAAGGAGAUAAAGAGCUUCUUAUUGGUAAUGAGAAGGUCACCUCUGGUAGCGCGACCACCACUCGUCGUUCAUGCUCUAAAACUGUCACUAAGACAGUUAUAGGUCCUGAUGGUCGCAAAGAAGUGAUCAAAGAAGUGGUAAACUCUGAAGAUGGUUCUGAUUGUGACUUGUCCCAUGGUUUUUCUGGUAGCCUAGGGGAUCUCCAUUCUAGACACCCUGACUUGGCGAGUUUCUUUGAAUCUGCCUCAACUGGAAGCAAAUUUUCGAGUGUACUCACACCUACCUUAAGAGAGUUUGAAAGUAUGGGCUCGGAAUCUGACAUAUUCACGCACUUAGGGGAACAUGAGCUCCCUUCCGGUGGUAGAACUUCAACUCACAGCAAACAGUUGGUAAGCACUAGUAAGACUUACAACAGAGGAGACUCCACAUUUGAAAGCAAGGGCUUUAAAGUGGCAGGUGAGGCCGGAAGUGAAGCGGAACACGAAGUCCUCAGAGGAGCAUAUACCACCAAAAGAGGCCAUGCUAGAGCUCGCCCUGCCAGAGACUGUGAUGAUGUCCUCCAAACACAUCCUGCAGGUGCCCAAAGUGGUAUUUUCAAUAUCAAGCUACCCGGAUCCAGUAAGAUUUUUUCUGUUUAUUGUGAUCAAGAGACCAGUUUUGGAGGAUGGCUUUUGAUCCAGCAAAGAAUGGAUGGAUCACUGAAUUUUAACCGGACCUGGCAAGACUACAAGAGAGGUUUCGGCAGUCUGGAUGACAAGGGGGAAGGAGAAUUCUGGCUAGGCAAUGAAUACCUCCACUUACUGACCCUGAGGGGCUCUGUCCUUCGGGUUGAAUUAGAGGACUGGGCUGGGAAUCUGGCUUAUGCAGAAUAUCACUUGAGGGUAGGCUGUGAGGCAGAAGGCUAUCCCCUGCAGGUCUCCUCCUAUGAGGGCACAGCAGGCGAUGCUCUGAUUGAAGGUUCCGUAGAGGAAGGAACAGAGUAUACUUCUCAUGCUGGCAUGCAGUUCAGCACCUAUGACAGGGAUGCAGACCUGUGGGAAGAGAACUGCGCAGAAGUCUACGGAGGAGGUUGGUGGUACAACAGCUGCCAAGCAGCCAAUCUCAAUGGCAUCUACUACCCUGGGGGCUCCUAUGACCCAAGGAACAACAGUCCUUAUGAGAUUGAGAAUGGAGUGGUCUGGGUUCCCUUCAGAGGUGCAGAUUAUUCCCUCAGGGCUGUUCGCAUGAAAAUCAGGCCCCUGGUGACCCACUCGGAGCAGAAGUGAGAGUAAUCGGUUUUCUUUGUUUAGUGAAGUGGAGAAAGAGUAAGGAAGAUAAAGGAGUCAAGAUUCUUUACAAUCUAUUAAAAAAUUCACAGGUGCUAUUUUAUUAUUCUUUGUACUGUAUCCAAAUGUAACUGAGACAUUUUACUACUUUAAAAAAUAAAGUUAUAUGAGUUUUUUUU